UUAAAAAGAAGACUAGAUUUGUUUAAGCUCGCAAAUAGGACACAGUGUAUUAAGUGCCGGACAAGGGAUAACAGCAAAAAACACUCGUUUGUCUUGUUUUUAAUAUUUUCUUCGUUUUUUAAAUAUCUGUGUACACAUGUACAUAUAUUUUGCUCGCUUUCUUUACGUGUGUGUUGCCCCUGGCCCCCGCCGCAUUUGAUUUUGCUGGCAAGUGAACAAUUGAAAAUUUUGUGUUUUUUCCAACUAUUUCGAGUCUAUAAUCAAUUUGCGUCUGCAGAUUGUGGCACUUAUCGUACAUUGCCCAACUGGACAUUACCAUGAUGCUGAGGCGCCCGAUUACCUCCGGCAGCCGGCAGGCGCCGGAUCCGUACGAUCAGUUUCUGGAGAGCCGCUGCAUGUAUCGCAAGCACACGGCCCGGGACGCGUCAUGCCUAUUCCGUGUAAUAGCCGAGCAGAUGUAUGACACCCAGAUGCUCCACUACGAGGUUCGCUUGGAGUGCGUGCGUUUCAUGACGCGAAAGCGACGCAUCUUCGAACAGCAUGUGCGUGGCGAUUUUGAUAGCUAUAUGCUGGACAUGGCCAAGCCCAAGACAUAUGGUACCAUGCUGGAGCUGCGCGCCUUGUGCUGCAUGUACCGCCGCAAUGUCAUCUUGUUUGAGCCAUUCAAUUUGGGCACCGCAGUUACCUAUAACGAGCGCUAUCAGGAUAAUUUUCGUGUGUUCUACACGAAUGAGUUUCAUUUUGAUUCUGUUUACACACUGGACUACAUUGAAACGGCGGCAAUAAGCCAGUCAAUCAGCUUUAAACUGCUUUAUAAGAUGCUCUUCAAGCUGCCUGACGUGAAUUUUGCGGUUGAAUCGAUGUUGCAUCCGCAAACGUUCGAUUGGGGCAAUUACGAGGUGGAGCUCGAUGCGAGGGGCUACUUUGUGCGCAUUAUCUGCUGCGAUGGACGCACUUUUUCGCUUGAUCUGCCCGAGAAUACAAAGUGUAUACUCGAGAACUACAAGCUUUGCAAUUUUCAUAGCAAUAUCAAGCAGUUGCCACAGAAAGGUUUGGGUGGAAGGCGCUCCACAUCUGUGUCUUCUGCUUCGGAGUCCCCAUCUAGGCGCGAUCUAAGGCUGGAACUGCCGUCGAACACCAUAAUAACUAGCGAGAGUACAGAGGUGCUGCACAUGUGUCCGAAUCCCACGAACUCUUGUGUGCGUCAGCUUCUAGAUGAUGGCAUCACCCCAUUUCCCUACAAGGUGGCUAAGUCCCUGGAUCCCUACAUGUAUCGGAACAUCGAGUUUGAUAGCUGGAACGAUCUACGCAAGGAGGCCAAGCGCUAUAAUGUUUACGCUAAUGAUUAUAAUUUCAAGGUGGGUGCCAAGUGCCGCGUGGAGCUGCUGACCGAUGCCGAAAGACAAUUGUACACAUGCCACAUUCAAAAGAUAAGCGCUGAUAAGUCCUACUGUGUUGUCUAUGUCGAGCACUUUGGAAAGAAAUUUUUGGUGCCUUACGAAUCAUUGCAUCCGGUGCCGCCGGAUGAGUUCCGACCGUGGGCGGUGCCGUUCCGCUAUCAGCGUCAGAUGCAGCGUAUGCAUUUGGCCAAGUUGGGUCAAAAGCCCAAGCCCAGGUGGAAGAAGGCCAAGCUGUAUGAUGUGGCCAAUUACUUUGAGGCAAGCAAGUGCGAAGUUUUGCAGUAUCUGCAGCUAGACACCUGUUACGGUUGUCCUCCAUUAUACAAUGAGCAUGGAAGUCUGCAACAACAGCAGCAGUCGCAGCAACAGGUUGAGGUUAAUGAGUCGGCGGAGUUGGAGCAACAACCGCGGGAGCAGCGCUUCCAGCCACGCGACAAGCAUUCACGUCUUCAGCAGCAGCAGCAGCAGCAGCAGCAGCUGCUGCUGCACCCACAACAAGCACCGCCAGCUGCUAGUGCAUCCUCGUUGCCGUCACCGCAACAUCCAAAGGCGCCAGCUACUCAGUUUGUUAACUAUAUGCCCAUGGGUGGGCGACCUGGUCAUAUUCCGCCGCCGUGGCGCGGAUCGACGCUACCCAUGCCAGAGGAAUUUCCGGCUGGCGUCUUUCCGGGACCGCAACUGACACCCGAUGGCUGUAUGUUCAUGCACUUUGGUGGAUACGCGCCACCGCCGCCCAUUUCGCUGCAACCGCCGCCCCCGCCGCCAUUUGGCACAGCACCAUAUAUGUUUGCGCCGCCACCGCCACCGGCUUCAAUAUUGCUGCCCUCAGUAGGCAAACGCUCUGGCUGCAGCACCAGCAGCAACAACAGCUGCACUACCAGCGCUGCUACGACCACCACUAGCAAAAUUGGAACGCGCUGGAACGAGGAUCAGUCAGAGCCGCGCCGUUCGCUACAUGCCAAUGGCGAGGAUUUGCCCGCUGAUUUGGGCACCUUACGUUACUUCUAUAAUAUGGGCGUCGAUAUGCAUAUGCGCUUCUCACAUUUGCUGACACCCGAUGAACAGAUGAGGAUGUGCGCUAACAAGAAUAACAACCAAAACUAUCACAACACGGACCAACAACAAAAGGAAAGGAACGAUGAGGCAGUUGUUCUGGCAGCGAACUCUACCCCACCGCCCUCGCCGGUGGCAGCAACUGGAAACAAUUCCCCAUGUGCACCCGCUACGGAGCCAAACGCAGACAAGACGCGCUCUCGUCCCAAGCGUGGUGCUUUCAACAAGGCGCGCUCCAAGCGCCCCGAACAGCUGCCCGAUCUCAACAAGGAUCAACAUCUAUCGCACGCAAUGCUGCUGCCCACGCCAACUCCAUCGCCCAACACCAACGGCAAUCAGUUUAACUUCUAUCCGACACUGCAAGCGGCGCCGCCAACCCAACAAGCAUUGCCACCGCCACCGAUGCCGCCGCCGAUAUUCUUUGCCGCCCACAAGGGUGUUCAGAAUCCAUAUGCUUGGGGCAUGGCGCCACCACCAGCAGGAAUGCCGUACGAGAGGAUUAACAACUAUAAUAUAGAGGCAGGUGGAGUAAAUGCACAGCAGUCUCCCUCAGCCGGCUAUGGGCCACCACCGCGUCAAUAAAGCGCCGCGACGCGAUUUCAAUUUUGUAUGCAACUACCAACAACGCACUCUAUAUACUAAAUGCUCCAUAUAAACAUAUUACAUAUUACAUUCACACUAUGUAUUUAAUUAUAAGACAACUUCACAAUUUGCAUUUCAUCGACUUUUAAAACUUGCUCGAACAACAAUAACUAAAUAACCAUUCGCCGUUUUAAAUUUGUAUUAAAUAUAAUUUUAAAAAUAUCACAGUAAACCAGUUUAAUAUCAGAUCAAACAUAUAAAAUCCAUAGAACUAUCGCAUUAUUUAACACGCAACAUAAACAAAAA